CGUUUGCAUACUUUUCAGCGUAAAAUUUAGCUGGGCGGAUGCUAACACCUGGCAAACGUAAUAUCCGCUGUGUCUACGUGCGGCAGCCAUAUUACACUUCCGUUCGUCAAGGGUAUUUGAGGCUACAAGGCACCAGGCUAGACAACAUGUUCAGGUUUGCUAAAUCUGCGCUCAACCUCACCGGUCAGGCCACAAGGCAGGUGAGGCAUGUAUCCACCGAAUCAGAGGUCUUCCACAGGAAGUACGGCAACGGCCUGAUGGUUUCUGGACUAGGCUUCUGCGUGGCUGUGUGGGGAUAUGUGCUGACUCAGACUGGCAUCACCUGGAAUCUGUCACCUGUUGGGAAGAUGAUGCCCAAACCGUGGAGACAGCCCGAUGAGGAGGAGUGAAGCACUGCCAUGACAGACCUGCACCCCACCUAACAAUAAACCUUCUGGUUGUACAGAUGAAUAACAGCGAAUGCCUGUGUUUAUUCCAACAUGUAACUUUGUCCAAAUAAAUUAAGUGUGAUUCUACUGAUAA